UGGCACCGCGGGGGUCGUCCGGCGGGCGCGCUGCGGGGCAGCCCCGCGUCCCCGCGCAUCGUGGGUCCCAUCGGCGAUGCUGCGGUUCGGCCUGCACUUCUGGGAGAGCGGUGCCGUGAAGCAACACCACCGGGACUGAAGUUCUGCUUUUCAUUUUUAACACCUCCACUUGCUCGACCACCCGACUCCGGAGUGCCCUAAGAAGAAACAUGGCAGAGCUCUCUGAGCCAGAAGGACCGGUAGAUUGGAAAGAACGAUGUGUAGCUCUGGAGGCUCAGCUCAUGAAAUUCCGAGUUCAAGCAAGCAAGAUCCGAGAGCUCUUAGCAGAGAAAAUGCAACAGUUGGAGAGACAAGUAAUCGAUGCUGAACGUCAAGCAGAGAAGGCUUUUCAACAGGUACAAGUUAUGGAGGAGAAACUAAAGGCAGCUAAUAUUCAAACCAGUGAGUCAGAGACUCGGCUCUAUAAGAAGUGUCAAGAUCUGGAGUCGGUAAUGCAGGAAAAGGAUGACAUUAUUCAGAACCUGGAGCUGCGGCUUGAAGAGCAGAAACAAGUGAGAGUACAAGAAGCUAAAAUAAUAGAAGAGAAGGCAGCUAAGAUCAAGGAAUGGGUAACAGUUAAGUUAAAUGAGCUGGAAGUGGAGAAUCAGAAUCUUCGUUUCAUCAACCAAAAUCAAUCUGAAGAGAUAAGAGCAAUACAGUCGAAGUUGCAAGAACUCCAGGGCAAGAAAGUAUCCUGCGUCUCCACACCGAAGCCCUCAGAAGGGCAGCACCUGAGCAGUUUGAAGUUUGGAUGCUUCCUGUCCCGAGCAAAGAGUCCUCCUCAUGUGGUCAGAUCCGAGGAAAUCAGCAAGAUGGCAUGUAAAGAACCCGAGGUCACCGAGGGAAAAUGCGUAGAAGAGAUGGAAAUUGCAGAGAAGCCUGACGAUAACCAAGUCCAAGAAAACAGAAGCCAGAAGAAGUUGCACGAGACCCCUUGCAACUCAGAACAGAAUCGGAAAAUAAGAGCAAGCUUUGCGACAGAUGGUGGGAUGUCCCAGAAUUCCGGGGCUCCGGCGAGUGACUGGAGUUCUGACGAGGAAGACCGAAGCAAGGGCAUGUCCAAGUCCAGGUGCACGUCCACCCUUUCCAGCCACACGUCUGAGGAGGGCGUCCGGUGUGGCAGGAUGGGCAGCGAGGCGUAUCUCACUGCAUCUGAUGAUAGCAGUUCUAUAUUCGAAGAAGAGGCUUUUGGCGUUAACCAGCCCGAGCCCAAGAAACUAUAUUCUUGGCAGCAGAAGGCACUGUGGAAAGGUCAGAAUAGCCUUGCGAAGGGGAAUUCUCAGGCGGGCAUCAAGGAACAAGACAGUUCUUCGGAUGAACUGAAUAAGAAAUUCCAGUCCCAGCGACUGGAUUAUUCAUCCUCAUCAAGUGAGGCCAACACCCCAAGCCCUAUUUUGACCCCAGCUUUAACCCCCAAACAUCCUAACUCACUCCCCGGGAAAGGAACACAGUUGGUGCCUUCAGUAUACCUGCCACCCCCAAAGUUAAGGAUCCCCAAUGUUUUCAGUAUAAGUGUGGCGCUCACCAAAAGGCACCUGAGCCAGCCACAGCUAUGUUCCGACCGGAUGUUUGGCAUGAACAGGAAUGCCAUAAGCAUGAUCCGGCCGCUGAGACCUCAGGAAACGGAUCUUGAUGUAGUUGAUGGUGACGGCAUGGAAGUGGUGGAGAGCAUGGACACGAGCUGUGAUGACGGCUUAUUUUCCUACGACUCCCUGGAUUCCCCGAACGCAGAUGACCAGGAAACCAGCGAGCCGGCAAAGAAGGCCUCGUGCAGCAAGCCUCCCACGCCUCCUUUGCAUCGCUUUCCCUCUUGGGAAAGCAGAAUAUACGCUGUAGCCAAAUCAGGCAUUCGAAUGUCUGAGGUCUUCAAUAUGGAGAAUGCUAAUGAAAAUUCUGCAGCCAUACUUUCCUAUCCUGCGUCAGGCCUUUACACGUCCCUGAUAUACAAGAGUAUGACGACCCCAGUGUACACAACGUUAAAGGGGAAGGCGACACAAAUAAGUAGCAGUCCUUUCCUGGAUGAUUCCUCUGGCUCAGAGGACGAGGACAGUUCCAGGUCCAGUUCCAGGACAUCGGAGUCAGAUACGCGCAGCCGCAGUGGGCCGAGCAGUCCCAGAGCCAUGAAGCGAGGCGUGUCUGUCUCCUCCAUGGCUUCUGAAAGUGAUUAUGCCAUCCCACCUGAUGCCUAUUGUGCAGAUUCGGAGUGUUUGCAGCCAGAGCAGAAACUCCCUAAAACCUGCUCGUCCUCCAGUGAAAAUGGGAAAAAUGAACAGUUAGAGAAAUCUGGUUAUCUCCUGAAAAUGAGCGGAAAAGUCAAGACGUGGAAGCGGAGGUGGUUUGUCCUGAAAGGCGGUGAACUGCUUUACUACAAGUCUCCCAGCGAUGUAAUUCGGAAACCCCAGGGCCACAUUGAACUUAACGCAUCCUGCAGUAUUUUAAGGGGAGAUAACAAGCAAACAGUCCAGCUGACCACGGAGAAGCACACAUACUACCUGACCGCAGAUUCUCCCAAUAUAUUGGAAGAGUGGAUUAAAGUGUUACAGAACGUUCUGCGAGUACAAGCUGCUAAUCCCCUUUGCCUGCAGCCUGAGGGCAAACCAACAGUCAAGGGAUUGCUCACCAAGGUAAAACACGGCUACUCUAAGAGAGUCUGGUGCACGCUUGUUGGGAAGACCUUGUAUUAUUUUCGCAGUCAAGAGGAUAAGCCUUUGCUUCAGUUCCCUCUAGGUCAGAUCAAGCUCUGGGAGGCUAAGGUGGAGGAGGUGGACAGGUCCUGUGACUCUGAUGAAGAUUAUGAAGCCAGUGGACGCUGUCUGCUCUCCACUCACCACACCGUCGUGAUCCACCCCAAGGACCAAGGCCCGACAUACCUGCUGAUCGGAUCCAAGCACGAGAAGGACACCUGGCUUUAUCAUCUCACUGUUGCUGCUGGAAGUAACAAUGUAAAUGUUGGAUCCGAAUUUGAACAGCUGGUUUGCAAACUGCUAAAUAUAGAGGGCGAGCCUUCCUCCCAGAUAUGGAGACAUCCCACGCUGUGUCACAGCAAAGAAGGGAUCCUGUCCCCUCUGACCACACUGCCUUCGGAAGCUCUGCAGACUGAGGCCAUUAAGUUGUUUAAGACCUGCCAGCUUUUUAUAAAUGCUGCGGUCGACUCCCCUGCCAUCGACUACCAUAUCUCUCUGGCCCAGAGUGCUUUGCAGGUCUGCCUGACACAUCCUGAGCUACAGAAUGAGAUUUGCUGUCAGCUUAUUAAACAGACAAGGCGAAGACAGCCGCAGAACCAGCCGGGGCCGUUGCAGGGCUGGCAGCUCCUGGCGCUCUGCGUUGGCCUCUUCCUCCCCCACCACCCUUUCCUGUGGCUCCUGCAGCUCCAUCUGAGAAGGAAUGCAGAUACCAGGACAGAAUUUGGGAAAUAUGCCAUUUACUGCCAGCGAUGUGUGCAAAGAACACAGCAAAAUGGAGAUCGGGAGGCGAGGCCCUCUCGGAUGGAGAUCCUCUCCACCCUCCUCCGUAACCCGUACCAUCACUCCCUCCCCUUCAGCAUACCGGUGCACUUCAUGAACGGGAUCUAUCAGGUAGUUGGGUUCGAUGCAUCCACCACAGUUGAAGAAUUUUUGAAUACCUUGAACCAGGACACGGGAAUGAGGAAGCCAGCACAGUCUGGGUUUGCACUGUUCACUGAUGACCCUUCUGGAAGAGACCUUGAGCAUUGUCUUCAGGGAAAUAUCAAGAUCUGUGACAUUAUUUCUAAAUGGGAGCAGGCAUCCAAAGAGCAGCAGCCUGGCAAGUGUGAGGGCACAAGGACUGUCCGUCUGACUUACAAAAACAGACUGUAUUUCUCAAUGCAAACUCGUGGAGAGACUGACAGAGAGAAGCUACUGUUGCUGUACCAGACAAAUGAUCAGAUAAUAAAUGGCCUUUUUCCGCUCAACAAGGACCUGGCGUUAGAGAUGGCGGCGCUCUUAGCUCAGGUGGAGAUUGGAGAUUUUGAGAGACCUUUCUCAACUCCAGCCGGGCUUGUGACUAACCAGUGCAAAGCAAACCAAAACCUCAAACAAGUCAUAGAAAAAUUUUACCCUAAAAGGUACAGGGAAGGCUGCUCUGAAGAACAGUUACGGCAGCUUUACCAGCGACUCUCAACCAGAUGGAUGGCCCUCCGGGGACACAGCGCGGCUGACUGUGCACGCAUUUACUUGACAGUGGCCAGGAAGUGGCCCUUCUUUGGUGCCAAGUUGUUUUUUGCAAAACCCAUAGCUCCCUCAUCAUCUGGCAACACUUUUGUGUGGCUGGCCAUCCACGAAAAUGGAUUGAGCAUCCUAGAGUACACCACCAUGAGGUUAAUGGUCAGCUACGCGUACAAGAGCCUGAUGACCUUUGGAGGGUGUCAAGACGAUUUUAUGGUUGUCAUUAAUACUCAUUCAAAGGACAGGCCAACAGAAAAGUUACUUUUUGCCAUGGCAAAACCCAAGAUCCUUGAGAUCACCCUUCUGAUUGCCAGUUACAUCAACAACUCCUAUCAGCAGAAAGCCUUCCACCACCUCUCUGCCCCCGCUCUGCUCUCCGCCAGGACCCAAGGACCCCAAGCCAGGGCCAUGGGCAGCCAGCCCCUUCUGUCCAGCAGCAGGCCCAGCAAAGGCCCCACCUUGCUCUGAAAGCUCCUGAACCUGACCUUCACUCCCGGCUCUCCACAAAGCGGCUGCGCCCGCUACAAACAAGUGUUUUACACACUGCCAGCGUGGCGCGCUCACCAGCACUCCAGACUUUAGCAGUAAUGGGUUACUCUCUUGUCUGACUCUUCAAUAUUUGGAUAACAAUAAAACAGAAACAUGAAUUGUGCCAAUACACUCACUGUGUCUUAGACACAGUAGUAGGUUAGAAUUUGUCUCCACUCCAUCCCAUCUCCCUUCUUGGCCAUCAGACAUUGUGCAAUAAGCCCCCCUCCACUUUUAAUUAUCCUGGCAGUCUUUUGAAAGGGAGAUUCCAAACUCUCAUUUGGUAAACCAGUUGGCUAUCUGCAAAAACUCACUGCCAAAAAAGAAAACUGUAAGUACUGUAAUUAAAUGGGCCUUUUAGCUAAUGAAGUGGUAUUUGGAAAAGAAUGAGGUUCGGUGUAAGAAUCAGCUGUGGGAACAUGCAGGGGGCAAAUUCUUAGAGUAAGUGCAGUAAGUCUCCCGAGUCUAUGAGUCAUCACAUGCGAAGACAGGCGGUAGCUAGCCAGAGCCUCCUCUGUGGUAUCAGAAAGUGUGGCCUCUGCAGAUCACUGGAGCGUGGGAUUUCAAAGGAGGUGUUGAGUCCUAGCAACACAGCCUAAGAUUGCUGCAAAAGUGCCCCACAUUUCACUGUGUUUAACACUAGGUCACCUUGACCUUGCUUUGUUACAAAGGGGAUCUUUGGAAACAAAGGUCUUAAUGCUCUGUCAUUCGUACAGUCUUUCCUGGUGAGAGUUUAGAAGCAAAGUGCAGAGUAAACCUUAAUAGAAAAUACCAAUGCCAAAGGAAGUAAUUCGUCGUUGAAAUUGUCUUGAGACGCCCCCAUGUGUGUUAGUUAUCCCAUUGCUGUCGCAAACACUUGACAGAACCGAAGGGAGACAGGAUUGUUUGGGGGAGUUCAGAGGCUUGGCCUCAUGCGGCUGGGAAGAACCCAUGGGGGCGGGACAUGUGGCAUAAAAGGUUUCUUCAACUCAGGAUGGACAGGAAGCAGAGAGCGAGGAAGGAAUGAGGGACAGGUACACCUUCAAAGCUGUUCCCAGUGACACCCAAAAGUCCCACCACCUCUUAAACUGGCAUCGCCACCUGGGGGCCAAGUCUUCAACACAUCUAGGAACAUAGUUAAAUCAUAACAGUGCCGUAAGCCGUCAGUACAGUCCAGGCUAUGCCAAAGAUAUGGAAUUAGUACUCAUGAUAACAAUGAAACUGUGAUAUGAUAUGAACAUUCUUUUAUAAAAAUGCUCACUGUAAGAGUGAUAACCACAAGUCUACCUAAUUUUAUUUAUGUGUAGCAUAUUUGUAUUUAUUUUAGACAUAUAUUUAUCACUGUGUGUGCUAUUAUUUUUUUAAACCAAUUUGAGAAAAUGCUAGCUGCCCAACUAAUUUGUUGGCAGAGCCUUUGUAUUUUCUCCUUUGCUGCUUUCUUCCUGGGGGAGUGUCCUGUUCUCACACUGAACCUUUUAAAUAUGUUCUGCCCUUAGGAGCGAAGUCAAGAAACAUAUGGCUCGAGUCAUACAGGACAUACAGUCAUAAUGACAAAGAUAUUUUUAAAACACCCUAGAAAUUGGGUUUUCAGUGGUUAUUUGCCCUUCCAUCUUCUGAGCCGCAACCACUCACCCAAUGAACAGAUUCCUUUUUUAGAAUAAAUGAUUACACAUUUGGGGGUGACUCUCAGAGUUUUUGACUGGGAUACAGUUGCGUUUUUGAGUGCCCAUAAAACCAUUUAGUAAUCAUUAGUGGGCAAGUCAGAGACGGGGCAGAGUUCUUAAUGUGUGAGAACGUUAUUCUCAGACAACAGUUCAUUCACCAUCUGGUGAGCAGUCCCCAUAUGCCCCAUCCUGAGCUUUCAAACUAGUGAAUGCUUAGCUUAAGCCAUGGUGCCUUAGACUUUAUGCUUGUUUUUGACAGAGCAGAAAUAAAAUAUUUUGAUGGAAAGAAGUCAAUUUUCUGUAACCAAUGAUGUGGAAAUGUUAUUUCCUGGGAAAUUACUUAUCUAGACAUUUUUUAAGAAUGCAAGUAUAUUAUUAUGAUUUGGUGACAAGAGAAAUAAUGUUUCAUGUUUAAUUGUAAUAUUUCUCACCCAUCCUUUUCUUCCUUUCAGUCAUAAUAAAUGAUUUGUGAGACCCA